GCAUGCGCGGCGGGAGUCCGGCGCCUGGGAGGCGCGGCCAGAAGCGGAAGCAGUUGUGUGGAGCCUUUCAACGGCUGCAGACGCCGCGGAGUGGGCUGUGUGGGUUCGGAGGGUCUCUGGCUCGGGGUCUCGAGGGCGUGUGUGCUAGAAGCAGAGAGACAUGGAGGGAGAUGCUUCAGACCCGGAACCUCCAGAUGCCGGGGAGGACAGCAAGUCGGAGAAUGGGGAGAACGCACCCAUCUACUGCAUCUGCCGCAAGCCAGACAUCAACUGCUUCAUGAUUGGGUGUGACAACUGCAAUGAAUGGUUCCAUGGGGACUGCAUCCGGAUCACUGAGAAGAUGGCGAAGGCCAUCCGGGAGUGGUACUGUCGGGACUGCCGAGAGAAAGACCCAAAGUUGGAGAUCCGUUAUCGGCACAAGAAGUCCCGAGAGCGGGAUGGCAGUGAGCGCGACAGCAGCGAGCCCCGGGAUGAGGGCGGCGGGCGCAAGAGGCCUAUGCCGGAUCCAGACCUGCAACGCCGGGCGGGCUCAGGAACAGGGGUUGGGGCCAUGCUUGCUCGGGGCUCUGCUUCGCCCCACAAAUCCUCUCCACAGCCCUUGAUAGCCACACCCAGCCAGCACCACCAGCAGCAGCAGCAGAUCAAACGGUCAGCCCGUAUGUGCGGUGAAUGUGAGGCCUGCCGGCGCACUGAAGACUGUGGCCAUUGUGACUUCUGCCGGGACAUGAAGAAGUUUGGGGGCCCCAACAAGAUCCGGCAGAAGUGUCGGCUACGGCAGUGCCAGCUGCGAGCCCGGGAAUCAUACAAGUACUUCCCUUCCUCGCUUUCGCCAGUGACGCCCUCAGAGUCCCUGCCAAGGCCCCGCCGGCCACUGCCUCCCCAACAACCGCCACAGCCAUCCCAGAAGCUGGGGCGCAUCCGGGAAGAUGAGGGGCCAGUGGCAGUGUCAGUGGUCAAAGAGCCACCAGAGGCAACAGCUACACCUGAGCCACUGUCAGACGAAGACCUCCCCCUGGACCCUGACCUCUACCAGGACUUCUGCGCAGGGGCCUUUGAUGACCACGGCCUGCCUUGGAUGAGUGACCCUGAGGAGUCCCCGUUUCUGGACCCUGCCCUACGGAAGAGAGCAGUGAAAGUGAAGCAUGUGAAGCGUCGAGAGAAGAAGUCUGACAAGAAGAAGGAAGAGAGAUACAAGCGGCACCGGCAGAAGCAGAAGCACAAGGACAAAUGGAAACACCCAGAGAGGGCCGAUGCCAAGGAUCCCGCAUCACUGCCGCAGUGCCUGGGGCCUGGUUGUGUGCGGGCUGCCCAGCCUGGCUCCAAGUACUGCUCGGAUGACUGUGGCAUGAAGCUGGCGGCCAACCGCAUCUAUGAGAUCCUCCCACAGCGCAUCCAGCAGUGGCAGCAGAGCCCCUGCAUUGCUGAGGAGCACGGCAAGAAGCUGCUGGAGCGCAUCCGCCGGGAGCAGCAAAGUGCCCGCACCCGCCUCCAGGAAAUGGAGCGUCGCUUUCAUGAGCUUGAGGCCAUCAUCUUGAGGGCCAAGCAGCAGGCCGUGCGCGAGGAUGAGGAGAGCAAUGAGAAUGACAGUGACGACACAGACCUGCAGAUCUUCUGCGUGUCCUGCGGGCACCCCAUCAACCCACGUGUUGCCUUGCGCCACAUGGAGCGCUGCUAUGCCAAGUAUGAGAGCCAGACGUCCUUUGGGUCCAUGUACCCCACCCGCAUAGAAGGGGCCACACGACUCUUCUGUGAUGUCUACAAUCCUCAGAGCAAAACGUACUGUAAGCGGCUCCAGGUGCUGUGCCCUGAGCACUCACGUGACCCCAAAGUGCCAGCAGAUGAGGUGUGCGGAUGUCCUCUGGUCCGGGAUGUGUUUGAACUCACGGGUGACUUCUGCCGCCUGCCCAAACGCCAGUGCAAUCGUCAUUACUGCUGGGAGAAGCUACGGCGGGCUGAAGUGGACCUGGAGCGCGUACGGGUGUGGUACAAGCUGGACGAGCUGUUCGAGCAGGAGCGCAAUGUGCGCACCGCCAUGACCAACCGUGCGGGCCUGCUGGCCCUGAUGCUGCACCAGACCAUCCAGCAUGACCCGCUCACCACCGACCUGCGUUCCAGUGCCGACCGCUGAGCACUGAGCCGCCAGCCCAGCUGGACACCCUGCACCUUCUGCUGUCCAAUUCCUCGCGCCCACCCACUGUCUGAUCACUCUCAGUCCCUUUGGAAGGGUCUGAGCUUGUCCUCGUCUCUGUUCUCGUGCCUGGGUGGGACUGUGAUGGCCACCCUACCUUCCCCCUCCUCAGUUUUGUUAAUAAAAGAUUGAAACAAG